CUGAUCACAAGUUUCAUGCAAAGAGUUUCCAAACUUGUCAACUGUCUGUGACACAAGCUGUAUAUAUCCAUUGCUGGGGAUGCAACAGCCACUUAGACAGCACCAGAGCUAAAACUUGUUGAGUACUGUGGCCAGCUAGAACAAAGGAAUGGAUUCUGUAGCCUUUCAGAUCUGGGCAGCCCUUACUUUUUUGGUCCACCUUGCAAACUGUAGUCCCAUAAUGAGCCUAGAUGUACCUCUUUUGGAGGAAGACAUGCCAUUUUUUGAUGAACAGGAUGCACUUCUUCAAAAUUUGCAAAAUGCAUUGUUGAAGGCACUUAACCUCUCAGACAUUCCCACGCAAGAAGCAGUCAAGGUGGACCCUCCAGAAUAUAUGUUAGAGCUCUAUAACAGGUUUGCCACUGAUAAGACAUCCAUGCCAUCUGCCAACAUUGUUAGAAGCUUCAAAAAUGAAGAGCAGAUUUUGUAUCCUGUCCACUUCAAUGGAAUACGGAGAUACCCUCUUCUUUUCAACAUCUCUAUCCCUCGCCAUGAAAAGAUAACUAUGGCUGAACUGAGGCUCUACACCCUGGGGGAAGAUGCAAGAAUGCUUUAUGGUGGUUCAGACAGGAAGGUCACCAUUUUUGAAGUGCUGGAGAAUGAACAUGGUGAAGGGAAAAAGAAAGGAGAGAAGAAAAUGAAAGUGCUGGCAUCCAGACACAUUCACAGCACUGACAAUGAAUGGAAAACAUUUGAGGUCACAGAGGCCAUCAGGAAAUGGCAUCACUCAGACUCAACCACUCAUCGGCUAGAGGUGCAGAUUGAGAACAGAGGGGGAGAGGAGCCUAAUGGAGGAGUUAAAGUAGAUAUAGACAUCAAUGUAGAGGCCAAGAACGAGCCUUUAUUAAUUGUAUUUUCAGAUGACCAAGGCCAUGACAAGAAAGAGGGGAAGCAUGAAUUGAAUGAAAUGAUAGAGCAUGAGCAGAUGCAAGAUCUUCAGGACCUGGACAUGAAUGAUUUCUAUACCAGACCCAGCGAAGAGAAGCUUCUUCAAAUAAGAUCCAACAUCAUAUAUGACUCAACCUCCCGCAUAAGAAGGAACGCCGGAAGCAGCUGCAAAAGGACUUCACUCCUUGUAGACUUCAAGGAGAUUGGCUGGGAUUCCUGGAUCAUUGCUCCACAAACCUACGAAGCAUACCAGUGUAAGGGAGCAUGUUCUUACCCUUUGGAUGAUCAGGUCACAACCACCUAUGCCAUGGCCCGGACUUUGGUUCACUUGAAUGAUCCCCAGAAAGCUUCUCCAGCCUGUUGUGUACCUACCAAGCUGGCUCCCAUCUCUUUGCUUUAUUUAGAUAAAGGUGUGGUUACCUACAAGCUAAACUACGAUGACAUGUCAGUAUUGGAAUGUGGCUGCCGAUAGUAGCAACACACCCACUUGCAUGGCACCUUUGGCCUUUGAGUAUUUAAUUUGUCCCAUCUGUAAAUUUGUACAGUUUUGAUGUGUACAUAUUUAAAUAAGCUUAUUUAAAUGAGGCAUGUACAGAUAACUUGAAGCAGAGGGAACAGGCAGCAGAUUAGAGGUGAUGUAUAUUUGGACUUAUUCACAUGAUUCAAAGUUGACAACAUAAAGGACUUUGUAUUGAGUGAAUUGGCCCUUUGCUACCUUCUUGGCUUGGGUGAACAGGGUUGUGCUUUAUGCAAUUUUAUACAAUCACCAGAAUCCAGUGACAACUGUGUAAGUUUUUAAAAGUGUACAGCCUAAGGCAGGAAGUGGCGGUACUCUUUGCAUGUCUCCCUACAAAAUGAAACCUCCCCAGAACACUGCAA